UUUUCAAAUCAAUUGCCCGCGGACUCUUGAUUGAAGCGGACGUCGUGUCUCUUUUUUGUUGAGUGCCGGCACUCGGAAGUCUGUGCGAACGCGGGAAUAUUCCUUUGGCUGAUCUAGGACAAAGUGCUUAGUCGGUUAUCGUUUAAUUGCAGUGCGGGAGAGCCAUUUUUUGGUCAUUUCCCACGAUCAGUGGAAUAAAUUAAACUGCAGAUGCUGCAAAUUACACUUAAACGCACACCUACACAUCGGAAAAACAACUGUUACGCCUACGCAGCAGCAACAACAAUAACAGAGAGAGAAUUAGAAGUCAUAGCAGCAACAAUUUUCCACCCAGUUUCUCGAGGGUAGAAGAAAUAACUGUUUCAACAACCGACUUUCGGGAUUCAGUAGCGUCUUAAAAUGGCUUGCACAUGCGAAGUAAUUGGCCUUGCCUGCGUGGUGGCCCUAAUCCUGAGUGCGUCGGCCAAAGCUCCCUAUCAGAUGCGCAUGUUCUUUAUAUUCUUUGGAGCGGGUGCCAUAGUCUUGAUUUGUGUUCCCUUUAUGAUCCUGCGACCGAGGGACUAUCGAAAUGCCCUCUUCCCAUCAUGGUGCUUCCGGCAGUUGUGUCGGUUAAUGGGCAUUACCAUGGAGGUUCGGGGUCUGGAAAAUGUCCGUAAGGACCACGGCGCAGUUGUGAUCAUGAAUCACCAGAGUGCAGUGGAUCUGUGCGUGUUGGCCUACCUGUGGCCAGUGAUCGGAAGGGCUACAGUUGUGUCCAAGAAGGAGGUUCUCUACAUCCCCUUCUUUGGCAUCGGAGCAUGGCUCUGGGGAACUCUUUAUAUCAAUAGGUCCCGGAAAACCGACUCGAUCAACUCGCUGCAGAAGGAGGCCAAGGCGAUACAGGAACGCAACUGCAAGUUGCUACUCUUCCCGGAGGGCACUCGCAACACCAAGGACACGUUGUUGCCGUUCAAGAAGGGGUCGUUCCACAUCGCGCUUCAGGGCAAGAGCCCCAUCCAGCCAGUGCUCAUAUCUAAGUACUCAUUUAUGGACGAUGAGAAGAAGACCUUUCGUCCGGGCCACGCCUUGAUCCACAUCCUUCCGGAGGUGCCCACCGAGAAGUACAAGAAGGAGGACGUUCAGCAGCUGAUUGACGAGUGCCAGUCCAUCAUGCAGACGGAGUACACGAAGCUGAGUAAAGAAGGCCUAGCCUUAAGCUCGAAGAAGCAGGCAUAAAUGUGGAUAGAAUAAGAUUUACCUCAGGUUACAUGAAAAAAUCACCCAAAUAUACACUAGUUCCCGCUUGAGGACUUAAUUUAUGUUCGAUCUACAAGAUUUGCAAAAGCGUGAAUGAGAGGAAUCAAAAGCAAUGGAAUGCGGACGUGAAGCCAUUUGCCUAGUAUUAAGCUACACUAAAUUCAUUGAUGUUUUAUCUCCAGUACAUGCAUAUGUAUACAAACAUAUUUUUGUGACGAAAAAAAACCAA